AAUGACUGGUAAUACUGUGCACCUUGUUCCGCGCUGCUCUGGAUGUAGAGGGCACACACAAAUUGAUUAAUAUUACUGCACCAGGAUGCGACGUAAAUGUUGUCUGUUUCUGUUGUUAGCAAAUGUGCUUGUAUUUAUUGUAUUAUACAUGAACACUCAACUGGGAACAACUUCAAUGGUUUUCCAGGAAGAUUCAACAAACUUCUUCUUUCGGAUGAAAAAUAUACUGAAUGAUAUGGAUGACAGGAUUAAAAAGGAAAAUUAUCCAGGCAGAUGUGAAAAUGAUCUAGAAUUACUCAUAUUAGUUCCAAGUUCGAUGUGGAAUUUUAAGCAUAGAGAGGCCAUCAGAAAAACCUGGGGAAACAAAAAUAGCUCUGAUGCAAAAACACGGUUGUUGUUUUUCACGGGAACAUCACUUUCAAAUGAAACAUUUCAACAAAUGUUUAAGGAUGAACAAGGACAAUUUCAAGAUAUCGUACAGGUAAAUAUAACAGAAUCUUAUGAUAGUUUAACUAAAAAGUCGGUAGCGUUCUUAAAAUGGGCCCAUCUGAACUGUCCCGGUGUUAGAUACGUUUUAAAGUCGGACGAUGAUAUGUUUAUAAACAUUCAAAACCUAGUUAAUGUGUUAAGGAAAACUAAACCAAAAAACGCCAUUCUAGGGGUGAAAAAUUCACACUCAGUCCCGUUUCGGGACAAAGGAUCAAAGUGGUAUGUCUCCAGGGAACAAUAUCCAAAGGACAAGUUCCCAAUAUACAUAAGUGGGACAGCCUAUGUUAUAACUGGGGAUAUCAUAUCAACAUUAUACAAUUCAACACUUUACGUGCCUUCAUUGUUUAUAGAAGAUGUGUAUUUGAAUGGAAUAUGCCGUGAAAGAAUUGGCGCAAAAGCCAUUCAUCUUUCAGGAUUUGAUACAGCAAGAAGCAGAGGAAAGAUUAAUGGACGAUCAUUUGAGAAACGAAUAACAGGACAUCAUUUUUCUCCAAAGGAUAUUAUACUCAUGUGGGAUGAACUUAAGACAGUUCAAAACCAUCCCGUUCUGUAGAUACACAAUGAUGUAAUUCUGCAACCAGAAAUCAGAUACUUAAACACAGGUAUUUUAACAUUUAAACGAGAUUGCACAAAACGUAAGUGCAGAUUAUGUAUAUAAACAAAGUAAGCCCUGGGCAUACACUAUCAUAUUUCAUACGAAAGUUGAUAAACAACAACAAAAAACAAACGUGGUUGAAACAAAUCCAAUAUCUGAUAGCUCAUAAAAAAGCGAUUUCAUGGUUAUCUCUGCAUCUGCAGAGGACAACUUGCCAAUCUCAGACAAACAAGGCUGACAAUUUUAACAUAUUCGAUCAAUGCUUACUCGAUGAAUGCUUACUUGAUGAAUCUCUGUAGUCGUGUAAUAUUUACACAACUGCGCUGAAAAAUGUAGUUCUAGUCAUAAUCAGCAGAUACAUUACAACACAUUUGAGAGUAUCGAUGUAUCAUGUAAUACGUGUUUGAAAAUAAAUUUACGUAAAAUUAAAUUUAAAAAGCACUUUUCCCCAAGAAAUUUAAAUGUGAAGCAUUUCCUACGCUAGCUGCCUCCUCAGUCUUUUUCACGAAAAUAUAGGUCAUUCUUCAAUUGACAAUUUUUUCACUAAUGAAUUUUGUGUAUAUUAAGAAAUAAAUAUAUUACUGUCAUGAUAAUAGUUGGUUUGUAAUCACAUAAUCUCCAUUAAUUAUUUAUUGUUUAUUGUGUAUAAGUGUGUUUUUUCUUUUUUUUUGAAUGACGGAAUGAUUAAGCAACACCUACACCGUAUUUCUGAUCGCACUCGUGUAGACUAUGAUUAAGGAUGAGUACACUGUUUGCUAGUGAUGCAAAACUGGUGACAGUAUUUCCUACGGACAUAAAAGACUAUAUCCGCCAUUUACUUAAGGUUCCUCCACACUCCAACAUUCUAUUUGAUGGAUCGAUAAAAGAAUCUUUUUUGAAAUAUCAUUUCACAAAAAGCAGAGACCAAUAUCGGCUUUCAAUCAUGUGCAUUUUAAUUGAAUUUUUUGUUUGUUUUUAUCGUCAGUGAACUGAGAACAUUUGCUUUGACUGCAAACAGGGUGUUUUAGAGCUUAAAACUUGAUCUCAGUUGAUGUGUAAUAAAAUUAUAAAUAAAUAUAUA